AUGAACAUUCUUUAUCAACGCAUCUACAAUCAGUUCUCAAUCAUCGCUCCUUCAAAUUUGACCCAGCAAUUGGAAUCCAUUCAAGUGGACAAAGAAUACAUCACCAACAUCACAGUCAUUGUAGGCACACAUGAAUGUAAAAAGAAAACCCAUCAUUUAAGAAUCAAUGAUUAAAUGCUUUUAAAGAUCGAGAAGGAUUCUGCUAAACCUCCAAUCACGGAUUUGUCAUUCUAUUAUCUUGACGUUCACGAUUAAAAGUUAAAGUUGACUAACGAUCUCAACAUCUGCACUAUCCAAGAAGAUGAUUCCAAAUGGCAUUACCAAAAUGGCAAUUUAGAUUUCACCUACGAUCUCUCCAAAGUCUUUGGCUACUAAUCCAAUCACAAGACAGCCUUAAUACUCUGUUAUAAAACCGAUCCAAUGCAAGAUCCUUGGAGUGAUCUCAUCCUGAUAUCUAAGAACCAGAUUCCUCCAGAAGGAUUUUAUAAGUUGUCCCAAUCAAUCCAGAAUUCUCACCUAGCCUAUUCAUUGGCCAACACAUAUCACUCAGCCAAAUACCAAUUUGAAAUCACUGACUCGUACCCCCAAAAUAACGAAAAACCAGAAUUGGCUAUGUUUUGUUUCCCCAAUGGCAUAUCCUUAUAUAGAAAUAACUAAUUUCCAAAAUACAAUCACUAUAUUUUGACAUCAGAAACUGGAGAACGAACUUAUUGUACUGCAUUAAUAUUUUGUGAAUAAAAUUUGAAGGGUUUUCACGAAAUGGCUAUUGUGUUAUCAUCCAAUUAUUGCUAUUCAGAAUAAUCUUUGGAAUUGCUUAAGAAUUUAUAUUAAAUUUAUAUUGCUAAAAAUGUUUUGCCUUUAGAAAGAUACAUUUGUAAUAUAGUUGAUGAAAUUGUGCUUCCUCAGGAUCCAACUGAAACCUACAUUUACAAUGGGGCCAAACAGAUAUUCUUCUUCUAAUCAAACUGUUUUCCAUUAUGCUCAAAUCAAGCCUUUCAAUGUCUAUUUGCAGUCUUAAACAAAAAGAACAUCGUGUUGUUGUAUUUCGCAUUGCUUUAUGAGAAGAAAAUUCAGCUCAUCAGUUCCAAACCUGUGAUCAGUUCAUUGGUAAUUGAAGCUUUGUUGACUCUCCUAUACCCUUUUGAAUUUACCCACAUUUUGAUCUCUAGUUUACCCGAAGAUCUAGAAUAAUACCUUGAAGCUCCCCUGCCUUACUUAAUUGGGAUUAACAAAAAACAAGCUGAAAAGUACCCAGAUGCUAUUUAAGUCUUUUUGGAUUCAAAUAAUAUCAAGCAGAGUCAACCAAUCGAUGUUCCUGAAGAUAUUUUUGAUAAGUUUGUCUUAAAAUUAAAAGAAUUCGACAAGUACUACAAUCCAGAACUCAUAGACACAAUUGGUGAUGCUUUCCCUAUGCCCAGAGAAGAUGAGUUAGAAAUGAUUGAUCAAUAUUAAGUAAGAGAAGUAUUUUUAAGAUUCAAUAUUUUCAUAUUACAAGAUUACAAGAAGUUUAUUGAUAAGUAAGUUUUCAAGGAGAAAUUGUUUGUCAAAAGUAAGUAAAGAAUCAAACAAUUUUUGGAACCCUUCAUGGAGACUAGACUAUUUACCUUUUUUAUUCAGGUGAGAAUGUAACUCUCGCAAAAUGAUAGUUAAUUAGAGUACUUUGAUGAUUGUCUUAAAGAUCCUAAGGGCGAUCAUUUCACACUCCCUGUAUAGGUAUUUAAAGACUAUUUGUAACCCAAUGACGAGGACUUUAAGAAGGACAAACACUUCUAGUAUUGCACAUUCCCUCUUAAACUCAACGACUAAUUCUUUUCAAAACCCAGAUUAGAAUUCUUGAAACAUGAGAAUCCAUUCUCUGUUUAUCUGUUUCCUAAGACCUAAAUAGAUAUACUCAGAUUUGAGUUGGCUCACAUUUACAAACAGUGGUUUAGAUUCUUGGUAUAUAAGAUAGAAGAAGGUAAGAUAGACCUUACGGAUUUGGUUAAAUACAGUAUUCAUCUCUUAAAGGAGAUGAAAUAGAAUAAUUUGUAUAUUGAUUCAGAUAUCUUCAAAAAUGCUAUGAUUGCUUGUGCUCAUUAUCAAAUGAAUGAUUUGGCAUUGUAAUUUAUUUAGUAGAUGAGAGUGUUGGGCUAUCAGAAAUAGAUUUAAAUAUAUCAAUAUUAUUUCUAGACUUAGCAAAACCAUAAAAAAUAAAAGAAAGCUCAACAAGUCAUUCAAUAAACUACCAAUCCCAGCAGUAGAUCUUUGAGCAAUAGACAAUCAGAUUACAAAUUUUAUUUGGAUGCCAAAUGUCCUCGAUGUGGUAGACGAUAUGCAAUUGACGAUAUCUUGGCUUCAUUCAUUUAAGAUAAUAUGGAAUGCAAAUCUAAUGGUACAUUGGGGUGUAAUAAUAAGUUUGAUGUCUAAUUAUUUUUCAAUGACAAGGUUCAUUAUCUAAAGAAGCCAUCCAAAAUAGAAAAAGAGAGUAAAAUUAUUAACAUGUUUUACUUCUACCUGAUCGGAUUACCAUACCGAUUUUUAAAGAACCAAUAAGAUGAUGACAUCGUAUACAGUUCAAAAAAGAUACCGAUUUAUGUAGAUUAUGGAGGUCUUUAUACCGAUGAGAAUGAUGAAUGCCCCACUAAUUAUAUCUAGAAGGUAGUGAAUGAAGUUUUUGGGAUGUUUUUGGAGAGAAUGAGAGAAAUCAUAUAAAAAUAGGAAAUUCCGAAAGGGAAGCACCAGAGAAGAGUGUCUGACUUAUCAGAUUGA